AUGACAGAUGUUGAACUGGCGAGGGACGGCGAGGGUCCCCAGUAUUCGCCCCCGCAAACUGGCGAAGCGGAGCAAGACCAUCCCACCUGGCAGUAUGCACUGGUCGUAUUUGCCGGGUUUUCGGUGAUGUUCACGACAUGUGCCUUUAUCUUCUCCUACGGUGUAUACCAAUCUCUCUACGAAGAGAUGGCUAGCACCGAAGGCACCCCAUUCACCGGGAGCUCGACCGCUCUCAUCAACCUGGUGGGAAUCUUGGCCAUCGCGCUGAUGUCCAUGGGUGGGCCGUUUGCCAUGCACUGGUCCAAAAUCUAUUCGCCACAGGCUGUGAUUAUCGCCGGAGGCUGGAUCUUCGGCAUCGCUUAUAUCCUUUCAAGCUUUGGGAAGAGCCUCUGGCAUUUUGCUCUGACCCAAGGAGUGUUGCUGGGGAUCGGUGCAUGCCUGUCGUAUGUCCCGACGAUGAGCGUUGCGCCAACCUGGUUCGACAAGCGCCGGGGCCUGGCGAUGGGUGUGAUCAUCUCCGGCUCUGCAGUUGGAGGCAUGAUAUGGCCUCCUGCUCUUCGUGCCAUGAUCACUCAUCUUGGCUUUCGGAACGCGCUGCGGAUCUCUGGCUGCAUCUCUCUGGCGCUCGUCUCUGUUGCCGGAUAUGCCCUUGGCUGGGAGCCCAAAUUCCAUGACCAAGUCCGUCUCCAGACCCAAGGUCUUCGACGACGAACUGCCUGGAUUCAAGCGCCCGUGGUCAACUUCCGCGUCGCGCGCUCGAAACGCUUUGUGGCACAGGCACUGGGUUGUUUCCUGCAGUCGGCAGGAUAUUCAACGCCGUUGUUCUUUUACGCUGCAUACGCAAACACACUCGGCUACAAUUCCACCACGGCAGCCAACUUCAUUACUCUAAACAAUGCCUCAAACUUCAUCUCCCGCAUUGCUAUUGGCUACGGCGCUGACAGGUAUGGGCGCAUCAAUGCGUUGUUUGUGACGACGCUGCUGAGCGCUAUCGCCGUUUUCACCUUCUGGAUCCCUUCGAUGUUCCAUACAACCGAUGUGUCCAAGUCUAGUGCUGACGGUCUUUUCAUUGUCUUUACGAUUCUUUAUGGUGCCUUCGCCAGUGCGUAUAUAUCCCUCUUUCCGGCGUCCCUGAUCGAGCUCUUCGGAGUGCAGCACUUUACCAGUGUCAACGGCGCCUUGUAUCUAAUCCGUGGAAUGGGCGCACUUAUCGGGACGCCGCUGAUAGGUUUGUUGAUCCCAAGUUCUGGUGCCCUCACUUCGUCCUAUAUAUACGAGCGAGCAGGGAUAGUGGUGGGGGUGUUGCUGAUGGCGGCGACCGUGGCCUGUCUCUGGGUACGCAUUGAGGCGACGCUAGGAUCUGCAUGGAAAUGGCGGGUAUAA